UCCAAGGGCCAAGUUUUAUUUAUAAUACUAGCAUCUAGGGUUUUCGCUACCCUUUCUCUUACUCGUCUGCAGUCUCCAGUCUCAACCAGACACUAGAGGUAUCUACAGAGGAACUGUAGAUAGGAGAAAUCGUUCACCAUGAGUAAACUACAAAGUGAUGCUGUCAGAGAAGCCAUCACCCAGAUUGCUGGAGAGGCAAAGGAGAAAAAACGUAACUUUACAGAGACCAUAGAGCUUCAAAUUGGUUUGAAGAACUAUGAUCCCCAAAAGGACAAGCGUUUUAGCGGUUCUGUGAAAUUGCCACACAUACCUCGCCCUAAGAUGAAGGUUUGCAUGCUUGGUGAUGCUCAGCAUGUAGAAGAGGCAGAGAAGAUAGGAUUGGAGUAUAUGGAUGUUGAAGGGUUGAAGAAGCUCAAUAAGAACAAGAAAUUGGUCAAGAAGCUUGCCAAAAAGUACCAUGCCUUUCUGGCAUCUGAAGCUGUUAUCAAGCAGAUCCCUCGUCUUUUAGGCCCUGGUCUCAAUAAGGCAGGAAAGUUUCCAACACUGGUGACUCAUCAGGAAACUCUGGAGUCAAAAGUUAACGAAACAAAAGCAAUGGUAAAGUUUCAACUUAAGAAGGUUCUCUGCAUGGGAGUUGCUGUGGGGAAUUGCAGCAUGGAGGAUAAACAGAUCUUCCAGAAUGUUCAGAUGAGUGUAAACUUUCUUGUUUCGUUAUUGAAGAAAAACUGGCAAAAUGUUAGGUGCUUGUACCUGAAGAGCACCAUGGGGAAGCCAGUCCGCAUCUUCUAAGCCUGUUAUUAUGGACGAGCUGUGAAGUGAGAAGUUAGCAUGGGAAGGACUUGUUCGAUACAGUUUUGUGGGACUGCUUUAGAUAUCAAUUUGUGUGUGUUUUCUUUGAUGUUUUUCAAUGCAUCAAUACGGUUUUCUGGGACUGCUUUGGAUCUCCUCCUUUUUGUUUGUUUCUUUGGAUGUUUUUGUUUUGAGCUCGUUGAUUUAGAUAUUUUAAUUAGAAUCGACUUUUUUGGUCAAAUUUUGAAACUACUGAAUUUGUUUUCUUUGGAUAAAUUGUGGUAUGAUAUGCUCAUCUUUCAAUCUCAA